GGGUUUGGUGAGUUUGAUCCGGUGAGGUCACCACUUCAAAUUCAGUAUAAAAACCCCCGUGCCCGUCCGAUCAGCACACAGCGGACAGUGGAAACAAACACCAGCCCAAAGCAAGACCGAAGACUACAUCUACAACAGUCGAAGCGUCUCUGAGAGAUGAAGGUGAAGGUGUUGGCCGUGUUGGCUCUGGUUCUUCUGGUCUCCGGUGUGAGCGAGGGACGGAUUCUCAGUAAAUGCGAGCUGAAGUCCCAACUCGAGGCAGCGCUGGGGGGAAAUCAGGGAGGAAGUGGGCCUGCGCCUGUCACUAGUGGGCCUGGAAAUGUGACUGUGCCUGGAAACGUGACUGUUCCUGGAAACGUGACCGUACCUGGAAACGUGACCGUACCUGGAAAUGUGACUGUACCUGGAAAUACAACUGCAAAUUUGCUCAUCGCCCAAAUCGUUUGUUCCGUGGAGCGUCUGUCGAGGUUCGACACCAGCCUGGUCACCCCCAUCCAAGACCCCAGACCCCCAGUGAGACCCCAACAAAGACCCAAUGAAAGACCAGGGCGUCCCGGAGGAAGGCCCGGCCGUCCCGGAGGAAGGGGAAAGAGAUCCCCCAGACGUCCAGCGGACGACAGCUCCAGUUCAGAGAGCUCCGAGGAGAAUGUCACCGCGAGGCUGCUGGGGAUCUUCCAGCUGAGCGACCGCGUGGCCUGCGCUUCCGGCUCCGGCCAGAGUCUGAACAUCUGCAAGAUUAACUGCAGAGCUCUGACUGAUGAUGACAUCAGGGAUGACAUCGCAUGCCUGAAGACCCUGCUGAACAUCAGAAUGAAUGUGCCAUGUGUACCUUUUCCUGUGAACGAGUGCCGCAACGUCAAUCCCGCGCAGUACUUUGCCGAGUGCCGCUGAAACAUGCAGUGUUGCUUCAGACAUGAAUAUUCUCUCGAAUUUGAUCCCAAUGCAUUAUUUUAAUAAACCCAUCAGGAACUACUGAUCCCAUGAACUGGUUCUCAGACCCUUGUAUUUCACUCUUCAGCUUUCUGUCAUAAUGUACCUGGAAAAUGUUCUCACUUAUGCUGUAUGUACUGUAUUCGAAAUGCAAAUAAAAAUAUAUAAAA